AUGUCAUUUACCAACAUUUGCUUUAAAUGUAAGGAUCCUGAAAAUCCUUGCAUUUCGUUCUGCGAUAUUGGGAAUUUUACCUGUUCAUGUGGUCAUCGUCAACAUUCUCAUCAACAAGGUCCAAAUAUUAAUGAUCAAUUACUAAAACUAGUCACAGAUCCAUGGUCAGAUUUAUCAUGUAAUUCAUCUACAGAAAUUACAAGACAAAAAUUAAGAGUGAAAGUAAUGGCCUAUUACAACUUAAAACGAGACCAGUGCAUGGUUCUUAAUUAUAUAAAAGCUAAAUCUCGACAAGUAGUAACAGCACAUAUAUAUCCAAAAUCAAAAUCAAGUCAUACGAAAUACUUUGGUUUAAAUUUAUCCGAUACAAAUCAUCCCAGAAAUUGUUUACGAUUAGCAACUGAAAUCGAACAUGCAUUUGAUAAAAAAUAUUUAACAAUAAUUGAAGAAAAUGGUCAAUUAAAAAUAUUCUUAUUAAAUAAAACAAUAUCAUCACAGCGAAUUACAACAGUGUCGUCACAUACAUUUGGAGAUAUUCAUCAAGCACCUUUACUUUUCAAAAAUCAUAAUCGACCAUAUCAUAGAAUUUUAGAUAAGGAUAAACAUUCAUAUGUUUACCAGUGGCUCAUGAACAAUCCUGUUGGAGAAGAAAUCCAAUUAGAAACAUCAAGAACAACAUCAUCAGCAUUUAUCACUAAUGAUUCGUUAUUAAAUCCUGCUGCAACGGAAGAUGAUGAAAUAAAACGAUUAGUUACACAAUCACCAUCAUCUACUGCUGGACAAGAUGUUGCUGUAUUACAGUCAGCAUCAUCGUCUUCAACAUAUUUGGCUUCUUUAGAUAUGAACUUGAUUGAAUUAUUCCGUAUGAUCAAUAAACAACAAACAGAUUCGAAUACACAAGAAGAAAAAAUUUUUCAAUAUAUUCGAGAAACAAUGAAUCCAUCGGAUCCAAAAUAUAUUAGAAAUAUUAUAUUAUCUUAUGUACAUUCGUGUGUCAUUGAUUCUAAUCCAAAAAGUAUUAUUGGUUUUGAUCAAUACAAUGCACGAGAUAAAGCUUCAAUUAUACAAAAUAUUCUUGCUGCUGAUGAAGAAAAACAAAUUGAAGCACUUUACACAACACAACAAUUUGUAAUCGAAUUGAAACAUCCACAUGGAAUGGUUUUGAAAUUGUUCGAUACAUUUUAUGAUGAAGAGUGUGUAAAGGAAGAAGUAUUUUGGAACUGGCUAAGAAGACCAAAUCCAGCAAAAAAAAAUGAUCAAAUUCAAUUAAUUGAAUCAACAAAAAAAUUUUUCAUUUGGUUGUCACAAUCCACAUCCUCCACCAUCAAAGAUAUCGAUAAUGAUGAUGAUUCUUCUUCUGAUGUCGACAAUGAUGAUGAUGAUGAUUCUUCUAAUGUCGAUAAAUCGAAUGAUGGUAAUAAACAAUACAUUUAGUUUUAUCAAAUAAUCAUCAUCACCAUCAUGAAAGUAUGAAACAACAAAUAAGAAAAUUUGAAAGACAAAAAAAAAUUUUAUUAUUAUUGGAACAAACAACUUUUCAAGAUUAUGAUCGAUUAAUUAUUAAUGAAACAAAACAAAUGUUACCACCAAAAAUUCAAGAAAUAACCAAUGUUCUUGAUGAUGCAAUUAAUAAAAAAAGAAAAAGAUAAAAAAAAAAUUUUUCCUCUGAAAUUAUUUGUCUCUGUAAUUUUCUUCGAAUAAAAACUGUCAGAUAGAGAAUUUAUAUAAAUAUGAUAUAGUAUUGAAGAAAAAAGUUUAAUUAUUUUCUAGAUUUAAAUUACUUCGACGUAUUGUGUUUAAUCUUUGAAUGUCUUGGUAAUAUUAAUGUAUUUAAAAUAAUCCUGAAUUAUGUCUAUUCGACAAUUAUAUACAAAGGUAUGUUUUUAUCUAAUAAGAUAUAUUCGUGUCUUGUUCAUUAUUGUUGUUAUUAUAUUUCUUCCAGUUCUAAGAAUUUUUUGAAGAUAUUAAUCUCAUUCAUGCUUAAGUUUUUCUUUUUUUCUUAAAGAGAAAAAUUUUUCAGUUUCUUAUUCGCUAUUGUUUGUUUCAUUUAUUUUCUUUUCUAUUAGUCGAGUCAAUCAAUUCUUUUCAAGUUUGUAUAGUUUGUGCGAAUAUUUCAUGUGUGUUGUGCUAUUUAUUUAGUUUAUAUUGUAUGAUUAUACAGCAUAGAUAUUGGAGACAUAAUAAUGCAAUAGAGGAAGCUGCUUCAUUUUUUUUUCAUUGAAAAAUUAAUAAAUAAAAGAAAAUUGAUUUUAUUUGUUUGUUUUUAGGGUGC